CCCAAAGUUCAGCGAAAGCAGGAGAGAGCAGUGCAGCAAAGGCAGGAGAGAGGGGAAGCACUCCCGACCUUCCUAUCGAGGCUCCUCUUCCCAGCUCUGAAAGAAGCAGUGCAAAACCUCUACAGUUAACUUGGCAAGAAAGAAGUGCACUUUCAUUUUCGGUUCUCCUCAACUUAUAACAGACAACCUUGCUGUCAUCUCCGGACUGAUUUUCAGCUUCUAAGAGCACUGAGUUCCUGAGGAGCCCGAGGCAGGAGGAGAGCGCCAGGCAUUACCUAGGCCACUGAGCACUUUUCCCCUGGCAGCAGCACCCAAGCCAGGAGUGGCCCUGACACCCCACGAGAGCCAGUUCCUCGACUGGUUUCGAAAGGAGAGACAGACCAACUCACAAGAAGGCCCUUCAGGACCUGGUCACCAUGGCAACUGGACCCAGGAUGAUGGCCCCCAUAUGUCUAGUGGAAAACGAGGACAAUAGGCUGAAGGUGAAUUCAGAUGCAAUAAAUAUUCUUGAAAGGACAUCUGAGCAUGUGGUCAUUGUGGCCAUUGUAGGGCUGUAUCGUACAGGAAAAUCAUACCUGAUGAACCGCCUGGCUGGACAGAACCGCGGCUUUCCUCUGGGCUCCACAGUGAGGUCUGAAACCAAGGGCAUCUGGAUGUGGUGUGUACCCCACCCCUUGAAGCCAAACCACACUCUGGUCCUUCUGGACACUGAGAGCCUGGGCGACAUAGAAAAGGGUGACCCUACAAAUGACUCGUGGGUCUUUGCGCUGGCUGUGCUCCUGAGCAGCACCUUUGUCUACAAUAGCAUGGGCACCAUCAACCACCAGGCCCUGGAGCAGCUGCACUACGUGACUGAACUCUCAGAACGAAUCAGGACUAAGUCCUCGCCCCGAACUGAUGAAUUAGAGGACUCUGCCGAGUUUGCAGGUUUCUUUCCAGACUUUAUUUGGACUGUACGAGAUUUCAUACUGGAGCUGGAGUUAGAUGGACACCCCAUCACGGAAGACGAGUACCUGGAGAAUGCCUUGAAGCUGAUUAAAGGCAAGAAUCCCAACAUCCAGAGCUCCAACAUGACUAGAGAGUGCAUCAGGCGUUUCUUUCCAAAACGGAAAUGCUUUGUCUUUGACCGGCCAACGAAUGACAGAAAACUCUUACUCCAUAUUGACCAAGUGUCAGAAGACCAGUUGGAUUCUAAUUUCCGGGUGCAAUCAGAAAAUUUCUGUAAAUACAUUUUCAAUAAUGCAAAGACAAAAAACUUGAGAGAGGGAAUUAUUAUCACUGGAAACCGGCUGGCGACUCUGGUGGUGACCUAUGUGGAUGCCAUUAACAGUGGCACUGCGCCUUGUUUGGAGAACGCCGUGACAACCCUGGCCCAGCGCGAGAACUCGGCAGCUGUGCAGAAGGCAGCCAACCACUACCGUGAGCAGAUGGCCCAGCGACUGAGGCUCCCUAUGGACACUCUCCAGGAGUUGCUGGACGUGCAUGCAGCCUGUGAAAGGGAAGCCAUUACAGUCUUCAUGGAGCUCUCCUUCAAGGAUGAAAACCAGGAGUUCCAGAAAGAGCUUGUGAUCAUCAUAGAGAAAAUGAAGGAAGAUUUCUUGCUGCAGAAUGAAGAGGCAUCUAUCAAAUAUUGCAAGUCUAAGCUUGAGCAUUUUUCAGAACCCUUGAUGAAAAGCAUUUCAGAAGGAAAUUUCUCUGUUCCUGGAGGGUACAAUCUCUAUUUAGAAGCAAAGAAAAAAGUUGAAUGUGCCUAUAAUCAAGUGCCCAGAAAAGGAGUUAAGGCAAAUGAAGUGCUCCAGAACUUCCUGCAGUCUCUGGUGCCAAUGGAAGACUCCAUCCUGCAGUCAGACAAAGCCCUCACUGCUGGAGAGAAGGCCAUAGCAGCGGAGCGGGCCAAGAAGGAGGCCGCUGAGAAGGAACAGGAGCUACUAAGGCAGAAACAGAAAGAGCAGGAGCAAAGAUUGGAGGCUCAAGAGAGAAGCCACCAGGAACACAUACACCAGCUGAAGGAGAAGCUGGAGAGGGAGAAAGAAGACUUCCUGAGAGAGCAGGACAGGGUACUGGAACACAAGAUGCGGAUCCAAAGAGAAAUGCUUAUUGAAGGAUUCGAAAAAAAAUCUGAAGAGUUAAAUAAAGAGAUAAGACAACUAAAAGAAGAGAUUGAAAGAAAACAAAAAGAAGAACCCUCAGGUUUUUUAGGGUUCCUUGAUGAAGUUAGCAAUGCAUUAAUAGCAGUAGCACCUUUGCCUGCUAAGCUGGUUGGUUUAGGAAUGAAAUUUAUCAGUUCACAUAUGAAAUAAACUGCAAAUUCCUGGUAAGGGAAUUAUAAAAUGAGACUUUUUUUCUUUUAAUAGUAUAACACCGUGACUCAUUUUGAAGUAUAUGCGUAUUAGCUUUUUCAUCAAACAAAAGUUAAAAAAUAUAAUUACAAAGAAGUCAAAAAAACAACUAACAAACUCAGUUUUGAUUGGAUUACUUAACUUUAAAAAGUGGGAACUAAAUUAGAAGAUCAUAAAAUUAUUCAUAUAAGACUUAAAGGAAAAAGACAAGUGGCAAGAAAAAGAAAACAUUUACAAUUUAUAUUAUAGUCACAGAGUUCACUUUUUUGAGCUCUUUUAAAUCAGUGAGAAGCGAGCAAAAAGAAAAUUCUAAAAUAGAUAAAAAUAUGAGAAUAAAAGUGUUUAAUUUUACUGAUAAUAAAAGUUGUUCUUGGACCAUUCAAGUUGCUGUGCUGGAUCCCCAAAGCCAGCUUCACUGUUUGAGUUCUGAUUCUAGCAGCUUGAGAAUCAUACUGGGCGCAUGGGCAUGCUUGCUCAAAAUCCCCAGAGGAGAGUAGAAGAAAAGAGAUUUUGGGUGUGGCUGUCCGCUGGGUGGUGAUUACUUUCUCUCUCUCUCCCUCUCUCUCUUUCUCUCUCUCUUUCUCUGUCUCUCUUUCUCUCUGGCGACUGCACACAUCAUGUAGAAAAAUAUAU